UUUAACGAUGCAAAUGUACAACGUUGCGUGUUGUGCGGUGUCUUCCGAGUUCUGAGAGUGUGGACGCAUCUAGGAACCAAUUUUGUUCCCUUGGUUGUUUAGUUAUCCUCGCCGGUAAAUGCUUCGGUGAAAAUAGCGUAGAAGUUGAAAAUUCAAAGCAAAAUGCGAAUAGGAUUUAUAGGAGCUGGGAAAGUAGCGCAGGCUAUAACGAAGGGCUUGAUAGACUCAGGUAUUACAGCUGCUGAGAAUAUUAUAGCAAGUUCACCAAAACAAGAUCAUUUACUCCUAACACAGAUUUCGAAACUUGGUGUGGGUACUACAUUCAAUAACAAGACCGUGGUGAAGGAAAGUGAUGUGGUUGUUGUGUGCACCAAACCAAACGUUGUCUCUAGGGUUCUUACAGAGUUCUCAUCGGACGUUAGUAAAUCACACCUCAUCAUUUCCGUAGCACUUGGAGUAACGACCAAAACGAUGGAAAAGGCGCUUCCCAAGAACACCAGAGUGGUAAGGGUAAUGCCCAACACUCCAGCUUUGGUACGAAUGAGUGCAUCCGUCUAUUGCAUGGGAAGCUCUGUUAUAGAGACAGAUGCUGAGACUGUUUCCAAACUACUUACCAGCUUUGGGUAUUGUGAGGAGAUCUCCGAGUCACUCAUUGACAUAGCAACGGGCCUAAGUGGCAGCGGACCCGCAUAUGUCUUUACAGCCAUUCAGUCAUUAGCAGAUGGAGCUGUGAAAAUGGGAAUGCCCAGAGACCAAGCUCUUCGAUUAGCUGCCUAUGCUGUCAUGGGAUCCGCAAAGCUUGUUCUGGAGUCUGGACAACACCCCGACUCACUGAAAGAUGACGUGUGCUCCCCAGCUGGGUGCACUAUUUAUGCCAUGCACCUGCUAGAGAAACGUGGUUUCCGUGCUGCUCUAAUAGACGCUGUUGAAGUAGCAACAUUACGCACCAAAGAACUUGGAGAUUUCAAGGUCUAGAUGCUAAGUUUAGUUGCUCUGAUGCAGGCGUCAGCAGGGUGGGCAAACCUGUGUAGUAUUCAACAGGGUAGCGCCAGGACUACUGGCCAGUAGGCUGGGGAGGUUGCAGCCUCCAGUGAGUUUAAGAAGUGUUGACACCAGAUUGUUAUGAAAGGAGCUUCAAAUCGAAGCAGGCUUGUUAGGUUCUGCACUUUAUGCAGUGGGUGUAACUCGGUGUUGGCUGUGGAGGGUAUGUAACUGCCGUGUGGUGGAUGCGAAGGGCAAUCAAAUUCAAACAGGCACAGAGAGGGGAAAGGGCAGUGCCCAGACAUCUAGGAUAUAAACAGCUACUUUAUGAUGAAGCAGAGGUCUGUAGGCUGCAUUGAAAGUGUAUUAUCCAUGUGCGAAGAAAAAUGUAAGAAUGUUAUACAUAGCUGUUGAUAUCCAAAACAUAAUAUAUGGGUCAUGACAACUUGCCCAGACCCUCCCAGUCAGACCUCUCAAAAUUUCACGCAACAUACAUUCGUACAAAAUAUUUUAGUUGCUAUAUCAAUUUAAACAUUGCAGAAACAUGAAGCCGAAAAGAGACAAAACAUUAAUAUUUCCUGACUUAAUACCAUACUGGUGUUUUCAGUUUGUUAGAGCCAGUUUGUAUGAUAUUGUUUCUUGUUAUUGAAUCUUUCCAGUAUGCACUUCAGUAACUUACGUAGGCAGGGCUACCUGCAAGCAUCUAUGCUGCAAGCCAGCUGCAUGUAAUGGCAUUGCUUGUAUGUUGGAUAUGUGCACAUUUGUUUUACUUCAAAUGCUUUCCAAGAUAUUGUGAUUGAAAUAUGGAUCGAGUACCAUGCUACAAAAUUCUAAAAAAAAAAAACAUACAAAGGGAGUGGGUCGAAUCUGCCAAGAUUGUCAGUCAGAAUCAUUGUAUUUGUAACAAUUGACUAGAUAGUAGAUACCACCUGCCAAAGACAAUAUGACAUAUGACCUAAUGCACUCAUCAUGUGAUCGUGUGAAUAGCAAACAUAUUUCUCUUUUA